UUUUCUGGUUCUCCAAGUUUCUACUUUAGAUAUAGCCUUUCAAUUCAAUUCCAACCAUUGAAUACCACUUGUUCUGUUCACCAACUUUGUUCUUCUCGGUCAUAAUAAAAAAAUCUUAUUUUAUCUAGUUCACAUAUUAUCUUUUACAAAUUUACAUGUUCAAAUUUGUUCUGUUCUCUGUUGUGUUUCAUGGCUUCAACUGCUACUCCAGCUCAGGUUUUCAAAGACCACAACAACGACCGAAAUAAUGGCAACCCUGAAAUAACUAGGAAUGAAAUUCAGACCGCCAUAGCCAAAGCAGUGGAGCUAAGAGCUAUUCAUGCUGCUUUGAUGCGAGGAAAUAGCCCAUUCAAUGCUAGAUUCCCAUCCCCUUCCCAUGUUUCACGCCCUGUUUCUCAGUUCUCUGCUCAAGAUUACCCUGUUUUCACUCCUAGUUAUGAAGAUAACUCACUACUGGGGUACAAUCAAAACCCCAUGAAAAGCCUAACAAUAUCAGAAAGUUGGGAUGAGAACGGGCUAGAAGGAGGAAAAAGGUUAUUAGAAACCAUUGUACCAGAUUACAAGGAGAAAUCAAGUUCAAGAAAGGGACUACUUUCUGGUUUUGCAAACCUAGAAGCACACAUGUGUCAUACUGAAGAUACCAAAUCGGUAACUGGCUCUUGUACAAAUCACAUCACUGUUCUUCAAACAUCACCUGCAAAUGACUACUUCAAGUGUAGGAGAAACAGUUUAGAGGAUUUCAAGUCCAUAUCAUCUUGCAAUAAAUGUAAGCCUGCCACCAUAACUAGCGAAUUCGAGGCUGCAAGGAACAGCAAGAGCUCCAAUAUUGUUGUCCCAGUCUCGGAUUCCCACUCAUCUUUUCAAUCCCAAACCAAAAGCAAAGGGGUGAUUUCAUGGUUGUUUCCUCGGUUAAAGAAGAAGCAUAAGAAUGAGAAUUCGCCAAAUAGAGCAGAAUCUGAGGAUGUUUCUCAGGUUCUUAAGGACUUGGGAGUAAUGUCAAUUGAGACAUUGAAGAAAGAGCUUAUGGAAGCAAACGAGAACAGAGAUGUGGCCUUAAUGGAAGUUUCUGAAAUGAGAUCUUCAUUGGGGGAGCUGAGACAGAAGCUGGAGCACUUGGAGAGUUACUGUGAAGAGUUGAAGAAAGCUUUGAGGCAAGCCAUGCAGUCAAAGGAUUCAAAACUUUGUGAACAACUUAAUAAUCUUCCUCAGAGAGGGAAAUCAUUUGAUGGGAAUAGAGAAAAUAUGAUGCCUGCGAGUGAGGAAGUAAUGGUAGAGGGAUUCUUGCAGAUAGUGUCAGAGUCCAGAAUAUCAGUGAAGCAGUUCUGUAAGACCCUUAUAAACCAUAUUGAAGAAACUGAUCAUUCUUUGACAGAAAAUUUGAAUUUGCUACUUCAACCAUAUAAGCUAUCUCUGAAUUCCAAGUACUCAAAGGCAGUUCUAUACCAUUUUGAAGCUUUCAUAAAUCAGUCUAUCUACCAAGACUUUGAGAAUUGUGUGUUCCAAAAGAAUGGUUGCCCAAAAUUCCUAGACCCACAAGAGGAACGCCAAGCACAAUUCUCGUCAUUUAUAGCCCUUAGGAAUUUGAGCUGGAACGAGGUACUGAGAAAGGGAACAAAAUAUUACAGUGAAGAGUUCAGCAAGUUCUGUGACCAGAAAAUGAGUUGUAUUACCACUAGUCUGAAUUGGACAAGGCCUUGGCCUGAACAGCUCCUUCAAGCUUUCUUUGUGACGGCAAAAUGCAUGUGGUUGCUGCAUUUGUUUGCCUUUUCUUUCAACCCACCAUUGGGAAUUUUAAGGGUUGAAGAGAAUAGAACCUUUGAUGCUCACUACAUGGAAGAUAUGAGCCCGAAGUCACAAGGUCCAAGCAGAGUUAAGAUCAUGGUGAUGCCGGGCUUUUAUGUUCAGGAUAGGGUCUUGAGGUGUAAAGUUCUUUGCAGGUUUAAUCUACUGCCAAUUCAAUUCUGGAUGCUUGUCAUUGAGUAGAUGAAGAUUCAAAAGUGCAAGGGACAAUGAGCUAAAUAAAAUUAUUCUUACCGUUGUAUAACGUAUGUUCUCAAUCUCCUAGUUCAGAACAGAGAAAGCAUAUUUAAAAGGAGAGACGAGUAGCCUCAUUAAAGUUUUAAGCUCAUCUUAUGAAGCA